AUGCCACCAAAAGGCAAAGGUACCAAGGGAGCGAAAGGAGGUGCAUCAGGAAGUGCAGAAGCUGACAAGAAGGAGAAGGCACCGAAAGGAGGCACUGCAGUAAAGGUUCGCCACAUCCUCUGCGAAAAACAUGGGAAAUGCAUGGAAGCAAUGGAGAAACUGAAGGCAGGAGUUCGUUUUAGCGAAGUGGCAUCACAAUACAGUGAAGACAAAGCGAGACAAGGAGGUGAUCUGGGAUGGAUGACGCGAGGAUCCAUGGUUGGACCUUUUCAAGAGGCUGCUUUCAACUUGGCCGUCUCUUCCAUGGAUAAGCCUGUUUACACAGACCCCCCUGUCAAGACCAAAUUUGGUUAUCACAUCAUUAUGGUGGAGGGGAAAAAGUAA